AUGGACAAUAGGUCCACAAACAUUGACAACAGGUCUACAAACAUUCAUAAUAAGUCUACAAACAUUGACAAUAGGUCUACAUUGACAAUAGGUCUGCAAACAUUGAUAAUAGGUCUACAAACAUUGACAAUAGGUCUACAAACAUUGACAACAGGUCUACAAACAUUUAUAAUAAGUCUACAAACAUUGACAAUAGGUCUACAAACGACAAUAGGUCUACAAACAUUGACAAUAGUUCUACAAACAUUGACAACAGGUCUACAAACAUUGACAACAGGUCUACAAACAUUGACAAUAGGUCUGCAAACAUUGACAAUAGGUCUACAAACAUUGACAAUAGGUCUACAAACAUUGACAGUAGGUCUACAAACAUUGACAAUAGGUCUACAAACAUUGACAAUAGGUCUACAAACAUUGACAGUAGGUCUACAAACAUUGACAAUAGGUCUACAAACAUUGACAAUAGGUCUACAAACAUUGACAAUAGGUCUACAAACAUUAACAAUAGGUCUACAAACAUUGACAGUCUUCAGUGACAGUAGGUCUGCAACCAUUGACAAUAGGUCUACAAACAUUGACAAUAGGUCUACAUUGACAAUAGGUCCGCAAACAUUGACAAUAGGUCUACAAACAUUGACAAUAGGUCUACAAACAUUGACAACAGGUCUACAAACAUUUAUAAUAAGUCUACAAACAUUGACAAUAGGUCUACAAACGACAAUAGGUCUACAAACAUUGACAAUAGUUCUACAAACAUUGACAACAGGUCUACAAACAUUGACAACAGGUCUACAAACAUUGACAAUAGGUCUGCAAACAUUGACAAUAGGUCUACAAACAUUGACAAUAGGUCUACAAACAUUGACAGUAGGUCUACAAACAUUGACAAUAGGUCUACAAACAUUGACAAUAGGUCUACAAACAUUGACAGUAGGUCUACAAACAUUGACAAUAGGUCUACAAACAUUGACGAUAGGUCUACAAACAUUGACAAUAGGUCUACAAACAUUAACAAUAGGUCUACAAACAUUGACAGUAGGUCUACAAACAUUGACAAUAGGUUUGCAAACAUUGACAACAGGUUUAAACAUUGACAGUAGGUCUAUAAACAUAGACAAUAGGUCUACAAAUAUUGACAAUAGGUCUACAAACAUUGACAAUAGGUCUACAAACAUUGACAAUAGGUCUACAAACAUUGACAGUAGGUCUACAAACAUUGACAAUAGGUCUACAAACAUUGACAAUAGGUCUACAAACUUUGACAAUAGGUCUACAAACAUUGACAACAGGUCUACAAACAAUGACAAUAGGUCUACAAACAAUGACAAUAGGUCUACAAACAAUGACAAUAGGUCUACAAACAAUGACGAUAGGUCUACAAACAACGACAAUAGGUCUAAAACAAUGACAAUAGGUCUACAAACAAUGACGAUAGGUCUACAAAUAAUGACAAUAGGUCUACAAACAAUGACAAUAGGUCUACAAACAAUGACGAUAGGUCUACAAACAACGACAAUAGGUCUACAAACAAUGACAAUAGGUCUACAAACAAUGACAAUAGGUCUACAAACAAUGACGAUAGGUCUACAAACAACGACAAUAGGUCUACAAACAAUGACAAUAGGUCUACAAACAAUGACGAUAGGUCUACAAAUAAUGACAAUAGGUCUACAAACAAUGACAAUAGGUCUACAAACAAUGACGAUAGGUCUACAAACAACGACAAUAGGUCUACAAACAAUGACAAUAGGUCUACAAACAAUGACAAUAGGUGUGCAAACAUCUAUAGGUUAUGAGUCUCGACUUUAAAAGUUAUGUUGAAUUUCAUGAAGUUGAAAUGAAAAACUUUAUGAAGUGUAACUCACAUUGUUUACAUGUGUGUGUGUGUGUGUGUGUGUGUGUGUGUGUGUGUGUGUGUGUGUGUGUGUGUGUGUGUGUGUGUGUGUGUGUGUGUUGUGUGUGUAGGGGAGGUAGCCUUUAUCUGGAAUUAGUGUUGGUCAU